UAAGCAAUAAGUAUGUGGAAUUUGUCUAUUUGAAUAUUUUUUUUAUCACUGCAACGAACAGUGCCGAAUUUAGACCGGCCGAUCCGAGUUAGACCGGACCUGUUUACUCACCCAAUUGAGAGAGAGAGAGAGAGAGAGAGAGAAAUGGGUGAGGAAUCAAAGGAGAAGGCGAGCAACCUGAAGAUUGCUAGAAACGACGAUCAACUCAAGGAGAUCCUGCAGGACAUCAGAACCUCUAAAACCCUAACAGUGAUCAACUAUGGCGCUUCAUGGUGCCGUGUUUGCAGUCAGAUCCUUCCUACAUUCAGUGAGUUGAGCAAUGAAUUUAACAAGCUUUCUUUUGUCUAUGCUGACAUCGAUGAAUGCCCUGAAACUACUGAAAGCAUUCGUUACACUCCAACAUUUCAUUUCUAUCGGAAUGGAGAAAAGGUUGAUGAGAUGCUUGGUGCAGGAAAUGAUAGGCUCCAUGAUCGCUUGUGGUUGCAUUCUUAAUGGUAGAAAUCUCGUGCAGAAUUAUGUUGAUCGAAGAGCUGUAGUAUCUCGUGCAGGAAAUGAUAGGCUCCAUGAUCGCUUGUGGUUGCAUUCUACCAGAAUUCUUUUUGAAGAGUUGAAUCACUGUUGUGUAAUUUUUAUGACUGUAUGCAUGCAGAAAUUCUGUUGUAUGAUUUUGUGAUUUUUAUUUAUAUAUUUGCAGAAUCCUUGUUGACAAGUGCAUUUUAUUGACUAUAACUGAGAUUAGCAAUCUGUAAUGCUUAAAAUAAAAAAAAGUGCCUUUUCUUGGCUCUGAACUACAC